AUGCAAAUACAACCGGAUCAAUCCUACAUUGAACAGCAUCUAAGGUCGAUCAUAAUUCAUUCAUUAGAUCACUUCAACUAUUCAAAUGCAGAGUUUGCCUGUGAAAGAUUGUUAGCUGAUGAUCCUGAAAAUCUAGAUUCUAUAUACCUUUAUUGUCUAACAUUGUUUAAGAGAGAAAGGUAUAAAUCAUGCUAUAACAAAUCCAGCAAUUUAUCGGACCAUUUGGGUUGCAGCUUUAUGUAUGCGAAACUGUGUUUGAAAUUGAAAAAGCACAAGGAAGGGAUUUUUCAGUUGCUUAAGAUAAGCUAUCUUUAUAAUGAAACAUCUUCAUUCUAUCAGGAUGAUAAAUUCAAUCCAGCGUAUUUUACGACGCCCCAAUCGAGAUACAACUAUGAAAAUUCUCGAUCAAUUCUUCCUGAUCUGUCUACCAUUUAUCGCCUAUUAGGGGAUUUGUAUAAGGGAAUGGGUGAUACUAAGAAUAGUGCUCUUAAUUAUGGAGAAGCUUUAAAAUAUAAUCAGUUUGACUAUGAAGCAUUCCAGGAGUUAUGUAAGUUAGGCGUCAAUGUCAAGGUCAAAGCAAUCUAUAAGUCAAACCUGGUUUUCAAUAGUGAUUAUCAAUCACAAAUUAAAGAAAAAGAUAGUCUUAAAAUACUAAAUGAUAUGAGUGGGAAUAAUAUAACCAAUCCGUUCUCUGCUACCACUCUGGCUAAUGAGACUAAUACCAAUAAUACGAUUGCAAAUCCUAAUAAUAUAAAUGGUAAUAAAUCAAAUUCAAAUUUACUAGCAGACGAUAGUUUCAGUAAUCCGAUAUCUACCCCAAGAGUGACAGUACCGAGUGUUCCCGAUGCACCUUUAAGAAAAGCUGGAAACAAUGAACCCCUAACUAAUCGAUUUGAAUUCACCAAACCAAGCUUUCCAAUAGACACAACCAGUUCAUUAAGCAUAGAUCCCAAUGCAAGACAAACUAAACGGGAAAGCACCUACUCUAAGAUAACUUCCAGAUUGAUUUCCCAACCUAAUAACAAUAAACCUACAGAUAAUAACGCACCAGCUAACAUAAAUACUAAUAAUCUUAACAAGCGAACAGCUGUGCGUGGUAGCUUGAAAAGAAACAGUCCUAAUAGUUUUUCUGCCAACACUCACACCAAUAAUGAGAAUCACCAAGCACCAUUGAGUAUUAUGGCUAAUAAAGAAAUUGAAUUAGGCGAUAAUUAUUUGUUAGGACUUUACAUGGUAUUUUCUAAGGGUUUCAAAAGUAUGUGUAAAUAUGACUGUUACAAAGCUAUCAGGAUCCUUGAGUCAUUGCCUCAGAAGGAGAAGGAAAGUCCCUGGGUGUUGAGUAAGUUGGGAAGAUUGCAUUAUGAAAUUGUAAAUUAUAAACAAUCGGAGUAUUUCUUUGUUAAACUAAGGAAAUUAGAUAGAACAAGACUUGAAGAUAUGGAAUACUACUCUACGUUAUUGUGGCAUUUGCAUAAAAAGGUUGAAUUGACUUAUCUCGCAAAUGAAUUACAUGAUUUAGAUCCUCAUUCUCCAAUAACUUGGUGUACAAUUGGUAAUUUGUUUUCCUUGACUAGAGAACCCGACGAAGCUAUAAAAUGUUUUAACAAGUCUAUUAAAUUCGAUGAAAGCUUCAUUUAUGCUUACACAUUGAAGGGCCACGAAUAUUUUGGUAACGAUAACUACGAGAUGGCCUUAGAGAAUUUCCGUAUCAGUUUACUAAUCGACUCGAGACACUACAAUGCAUUAUACGGUAUUGGAAUGGUUUAUAUCAACCUUGGUGACUACCAGAAAGCAGACUAUCAUUUCCGCAAAGCUGUCUCAAUCAAUCCUAUCAAUGUAAUCUUGAUAUGUUGCGUCGGAAUGGUUCUUGAGAAAGUAGGUAAGAAUAAUUUGGCCUUAAGACAAUAUGAAUUGGCAAAUAAACUUCAGCCAUUAAAUCCAUUACCAAUAUUCAAAAAGGCGCAAUUAUUAUUCUCGAUGCAACAGUUCCAACAGGCUCUUCAUUAUUUCAAGGUUUUAAAAGAUUUGGCUCCUGAUGAAGCUUCUGUCCAUUUCUUGUUGGGACAAUUGUACAAUAUUCAAAACGAUAAAUUUCAGGCCAUAAAAGAGUUUACCAUUGCAUUAAAUUUGGAUCCAAAAGGAAAUUAUUUAAUUCGCGAGGCAAUGGAAUCCUUGAAGGAUAAAUAG